AGGAGCAAGGGGGCCAUGGGUCUGAGCGCAGCGGGGGCCACAGCCCUGAGAGCUGCUCUGAGAGGCUCAGAAAUGUUUAUGCAACAGUGGAGCAGGCUCUGGCUGAGUGGCCCGGGCGGGACCUGGGUGGAAAGUUAUACAAGACCGGUGUGGGAUGGCCGGAAAGGAGCCAGUUGCAUGGCUGCCUCGGGGCAGGCGAUCCCGUCCCUGUCACCUUUGGGCAGAGACUGAAGAGUCUGUGGGUGUUGCCAAGAUUCUGUAGAUACCGGGAGGGUGCUCAGAUUAGACAAUCUCCAGGGGCCCUCCUGGCUCCAAAAUUCCGUAAUUUUGCAUUUCUUUCGAAAGGGGGAUAAGCUGAGAGCACGCUGCCUGUGCAGCAGCCUGGGUAGGUGGCGCAGUGGGAACUCCCCCUGUUCAUGCGGAGGCAGGAAAGCUGACAAAGUGCCACAGAGAAAGUCUAAGGUUCGUAUAGCCAAGUACCAAGAGCUAACUGUGCCAUGCAAGUACUUCGCUUACGCGUCAUUUUUGCUUACUUCCCACGACAAGCUCUGGUGUGCACAGUGCCGCGUCCAGGUGGGGUGAUGGUCAGGCCGCCUGUGUUCUGUCUCCCCUCCCCGUUGGCAUGUCUGCAAGGGAAGGGUCUUCAGACUGAAAGGUGAGGUCUCAGGUUCUCCCUCCUGGUGGCUCUGGUGCUGAGAUCCGAUGGCGGUGGCCACAGGGAGCCUCUGGCCCAGCGCCCUCGCCUGGAAGGCCAUGGCGCAGGCAGACGGGCGCCCCCAGCCCGGGGCGGGGCAGCCCUACGUGUUCAAGCUGGUCCUCCUGGGAAGCGGCUCUGUGGGCAAGUCCAGCCUGGCUCUCCGAUACGUGAAGAACGACUUCAAGAGCAUCCUGCCAACCGUGGGGUGUGCGUUCUUCACGAAGGUGGUGGAGUUGGGUGCUACGUCUCUGAAAUUUGAGAUCUGGGACACGGCUGGCCAGGAAAAGUACCACAGUGUCUGCCACCUCUACUUCAGGGGCGCCAACGCAGCGCUGUUGGUGUACGACAUCACCAGCAAGGAUUCCUUCCGCAAGGCUCAGCAGUGGCUGAAGGACCUGGAGCGGGAGUUCCUCCCUGGAGAAGUCGUGGUGAUGCUGGUCGGCAACAAGACGGACCUCAGCGAGGAGCGGGAGGUGACCUUCGAGGAAGGCAAGGAGUUUGCAGAGAGCCAGAGCUUGCUGUUCAUGGAGACCUCGGCCAGACUCAACCACCAGGUGACCGAGGCCUUCAGCGCCAUUGCUCGAGAGCUGCUGCAGAGGGCGGAGAGGAAGGAGGACCAGACACGGCGGGGAGGUGCCCGGCUGGCCCUAAACCAGGGGCCCACGGGGCGGGCCAAGUGCUGUGCCCGCUAGAGGCAGCCACAGCCACUCCAGGGGAGUCUUGAGGAGGAGCCCUCAGCCUGACCCAAGUGCCACGUGGACGGCGGUACUUGACUCUGAUUCUCCAUUCACACUGGCGAGUUCCCGGGGGUGCCCGGAAACUGGCAUCUCUCCGAAGAACCACUUCCCAAAGCCCGUGGAAGUCAUUCAGGAGAGGACCGGUGUCCAUGGCCUCACCGCCUGCACCCAGACACAGACUGAGUCCCAGUGCUCAGGCCGGGUGCACCUGCCCAGCCUGGCUGCCCAUCCACCCUGCUGCUCCCGCCUCUGAGGAAUGAAACGGGUCAGAGGGAACAGGGACCUGGUGUUGGGCAAGGCCCACCUGCUUCUGGGAGUUGGGAGAGGACGGAGCAGGCACAGCGGGAGGUGGCAGUGCCAGGGGAAAUGGAGUGGCGGUUUUCUAAAAAAAUUAAACUGCUUUCUAUAA